GCCAAUCUCCCCUCUCCGCCUUCUCUGAUAUCGUGCGAUCGAGGUAACCUCGUCUGCCGAAUCAUUCUAUCCCCAACGAUGCUUUCCUCCACGCGAUCUGCGGCCUCAAUGGCCCUCCGAGCCAAGCCUACGACCACCGUCAUUCCUUUCCGAACCGCUGCUGCUGCCUUUACGACCAACUCUCGCCGCGAUGCGAGCGCCCUCCAGACCCAAUCAGCCACUGGUGUAGGCAACGUUCGCCGAGAGGUUCCUCUGCCCAGCGAGAUUCCUCCCAAGGGCGCUCUUCAAUACGCUCUUACCACGCUUGAUGCUGUUACCAACUGGGCUCGUCAGUCCUCCCUCUGGCCUAUGACCUUCGGUCUGGCCUGCUGUGCCGUCGAAAUGAUGCAUCUUUCCACACCCCGUUACGAUCAGGAUCGUCUCGGUAUCAUUUUCCGUGCCUCACCCCGACAGUCCGAUGUCAUGAUUGUUGCAGGCACUCUUACAAACAAGAUGGCUCCUGCUCUUCGACAGGUCUACGAUCAAAUGCCUGAGCCUCGAUGGGUCAUUUCCAUGGGUUCUUGUGCCAACGGUGGCGGUUACUACCACUACAGCUACGCCGUUGUCCGCGGCUGUGAUAGAGUGGUCCCCGUCGAUGUAUAUGUCCCGGGAUGCCCUCCUACAAGUGAGGCUCUCAUGUACGGAAUCUUCCAGUUACAGCGAAAGAUGCGACAAACUCGUAUCACGAGGCAGUGGAUCAGGAAGUAAGGGAUGGGCCGAAGAACAUGAUGAAAGCUUGCAGUUGAAACACAGGCAAUCAAGUUGUGUAGGAAACGGGUUAGAAUGGAAGUUCUGGGGAGAACGAGGUUCAUCCACGAACCCACAAGGUAGUUAUAUCACCUUUGUUAAGAUUUAUAAAUUAGUUGUCUUUUCUCGAACAA